CUUUUCGGCUGCGCUUGGCUGCGCUCAGGCGUUUCCGACCCUCAGAAAGCUCGCGAGUGAAGCUCCACCCCCUCUGUUUUUACUGCCGCCUGCUUAGAAAAACGACAGAAUGGCAGACACAGAAAAGAAGCCGACCAAGCCGAAGGCGCCUAAAGAGAAGAAGAAGGCCGCCCCUGCCCCUGCUGCAGCCCCAGCUACCAGCGAAGCACCCAAGAAGGUUGCGAGGAGGCCGCUCAAGAGGCACGGCCGUCUGUACGCCAAGGCUGUCUUCACAGGUUACAAGCGCGGCCUGAGGAACCAGCACGAAAACACUGCUCUGCUCAAGCUUGAGGGGUGCAAAAACCAACAGGAAACUCAGUUCUAUGUUGGCAAGAAGUGCGUCUUCGUCUACAAGGCCAAGAGGAAGACGAGGGUACCUAACUCAAACAAAAAGAGCAAGGUGCGCGCUAUUUGGGGAAAGGUGACCAGACCACAUGGCUGCAGUGGCAGUGUCAGGGCAAAAUUCAGACGCAACCUUCCUGCUAAGGCUAUUGGACAUCGCAUUCGCAUUAUGCUGUACCCGUCUCGAAUUUGAAGCUCUGUUCCAAAAUUAUUAAAAUAAACAUUUGGUUUAACACAA